AUGAAGAGACUGUAUGUUUUUCUCGUGUGCACACUUUUGGGCGUGCUGGGCGGGCCAAUCACGGGCGAUCCGGCGCCUGGGCGAUCACCCGGUCCACCUGGUGGGUUGUCAGUGGUGGAGGAGGGUCACGGCGGCCUGAUGGAGGACAUCCCGACGCUCCUGCUCACGAAGGAUCCCAACGAGUACACCGACGAGAGGGAUUUUGUGCGGAGCACGACCUACAAUGUGACACAAAAGAGCGACAAUUACCGUGCACCGAAGACUAAUGACGACUCUGGCCACUCCAUAUCCUCGACCCUCGAUACGAUGGCUGCAUCGGCGACUGGCGCGAGCAAGAGUGUCCUGUCGCCGUGCACUGAGCGCGCAAGUAGCUAUCUGAGGCCAACAGACACAGUGACAAGAGUGGAGUUCGAUCAAGCCAAGGAGGCAUCAUCCGCCAAAACGAACGACCAGUCGCCACCCUUGCGUUUUGACGUCACCCAUGACGUAUUUGAUACGAGUCACGGCAUGGUGAGAGGACUGAUGUACACAGUUACUUUGGAGUCCUCGUCGACCGUACGUGAUUUUUUUGUGGAGUCUUUCAUCGAUGGAGUGGCGGGUGGGAGAUUUAUCGAUUCGCCAGAUCUUGGCAAAUCGUCUUCAGGGCGACAUCGUUGGCAGCAGUCGCCAUUUGGGGCAAUGUCUGUGUCUUCCAUGAAUCGGGAACGUGAAAGUGCGGAUGAUGUGAAGUGGCUGCCACCAAAAUCUUGGCAUCGGCGUCACCAUGAGAACUUCCGCACGAUACGAAAUUCAAAUGGUGAUCAAUAUGCACUGAAUUGUAUGGGGAAUACGUGGUCACGGAGCUUUAUGCACGACCAUGAGACAGUCUCCACCGGAUGGAGUGGGAAUAUUGGCGCUAAGGAUCAGCCUGGCCGAGUUUCAUUUCGAGUUUCAUACCGAACUGACGCGUCCCAUGGAACUGUGUUUGAAAUGGAAAUCUCAAUGGAAUUGCGGAGAGAUUGUGUGCUCUUCCUAAGACAUCUCAGUGGAUCUUUUGACUCCACAUCCCUGCCAAUCCAGCAGUCAGACUGCAAUGUGUUCUUUCCGUCGCAAUUGGCGGAAGUCUCCAUGUCGGGAUCCGCACACGCCCACUCUGGCCUCCUGGUCCACCUCACGCGCCUCAAUGUGCCCUGCACAGAGGGUGGAUUCGUGGAGCUGGGCGGCCACAGGCGACUCUGCGGGAAGCUGGAGGAAUUGCCACACAACGAGAGGAGUUACUACUUCGCUGAUCACACAAACACCUCGGUUCGCGUCACCAAUCAUCCCUUCUUCACGUUCGAAUACAAAAUUGUCGAUUACUGCUACAAUGUGACUCUUAGUCAGCGCAACCAGACGUUUUUUCUCCAACCCACCGGCUCUCUGGAGUGCUACUUCAAGAUCCACCUACCGUACGGCUACAGGAUCAGUCUGAUGCUCACGACGAAUGCCCACAAUGAGAGCGAGUCCACGCGGCGGGAGUUCGUGGACCUGAGCAAUCAGUCAGCGAAGCACCACGCGGGGAGCGAUAGUGCGGGUGCCAUAUGCAAUGACAGCGGGGAGGGCGGGGGGCUGCGGGUGCAGAUUUACGACCGCGUGACGGACAGAAGGUGGCUGUACUGCUACAAUGAGUUUAGUGCCAGUCGUAGGAUCACAUUGAUCUCCAGUGAUAAUUCACUCGUGGUGGCAGUGCGACGAUACAGCGCCAAUAUUCUAAAGGCAUCAACCGCCGCGACCACUGAUGCCGCCACACACCUUCCGUCCCUCCAAGUCGAGUACAGUGCUCAAAGUAUUGAAUCAAUUGUUUCACAAUGUGCCUUCGGGUGGGUGGCUUGCCAGCAGUUCUGCAUAAGUGCCGUGGAAGGUGCGGUCCAGUCGUGGCAAUCGGCAGAGACUGAGUGUGUCCGGCGGGGUGGACACUUGGCCUCCAUCAAGUCCGAACACGAGCAGCGAAUCGUAGAUAGACUUCUCAUCAAUAGUCCUGGUUACAAGGAUCACAUGGCGUAUUGGAUUGGCGCCUCUGACAAGAGUUUCGAGGGUGAUUUUCGAUGGAGUGACGGACUCCCAUUCUCUUAUACAAAUUGGUUCCCCGGGUGGCCAAAGUACAAGGAGUACAAUCGUCAACCGAAUGACGACGGACUGAGCAGUCAGGAUUGUGUGGAGAUGAGACGCCUUUUUCGUCUGCCACCUGGCAAUCAGCCCAGUCAAGCUCCAUUGACGGCAUCCUUCAUGUGGAAUGAUCGAGACUGCCAGGCGGAGAAUUAUUUUAUUUGUGAACGCCCAAUGAUGGAUGAGCCUGUCUUGGACAUUCAGUGGCGCAAUGACUGCAACAAAUCUAUACAACUCAACAGUGAGCACUCGAAAAUCAAUGUAUGGAGUCCGGGAUUUCCUCAUCCAUAUCCGGACAAUGUCAACUGCUUCACAUUAAUCACAGCACCGCCUACAUAUAGGAUAGUAAUUGAUUUUGAGGAGUUGGUUCUUGAGGACGAGCCUCAAUGUAGCUACGACAUGCUGGAGCUCUCGGAGCCAAAUAUUGACCAGUCAUCAACUGGUGGUGGGCAGCAGUCUGCACACGAUUUGCCAUUUUUUCACCCACUCACCGCGUCCUUCCCACCAAUGCCCGAUGAUAAAUUCCGGGCCAAUGACGCCACCGAUUUGCAAGCAGAUGAAGUUGAAAUGGAGACUGACAGAGUGGCCACAAUGCCGCGUAAAUUAUGCGGUGAUUGGAGUUCAAAGCUGAAACUGUUGCGUCACGUAACAAAGGGCUCCGCUCUUGGUCUGCAUUUCGUUUCCGACUACUCGCACCACUACAGUGGAUACAAGGCAAAGGUUUACAUGGAAAGUGUCGCCUCGGAGUGUGGAGAUGAUCGUCAGAAGCCGUACAAUAAGUCCUGCUAUUUAUUCGUCUCUUAUCCGGAAGUUGACUGGUGGACGGCGCAACAAGUCUGUCGAAGUAUUGGAGCACAAUUGGCAUCUGUGACAACGGUGGAUGAGCAGAGAUUUAUCACAUCGAGCAUACGGAAUGAUAUGGAUUAUUCACCACGUGGAAUUUAUUGGCUGGGCGGUGAGAUAACAAAGAGCGGAAAUCUUGAGUGGUCUGACGGGACGGAUUUAACUUUUCAAGAUUGGCUCCCUGGAGAGACGGUAUUUGACGGCAGCGUGAAGGAGCAGCAGUGCGUGGGACUUCAGUGGAGAAUGUCGCCGACGCCCAUGCUGCCGUCCGGACUCUACUGGUCAGCCCAGCGGUGCUCGUCCCUCGGUGGCUAUGUGUGCAAGAAGACCCCCAAAAGGUCAGAUAACAUACGCGUCCGCAAUCACACGGUGACCGGAACGGAGGGGCGUCUCACAUCGCCUGGCUAUCCCAACUCAUAUCCGCCCAAUGUGGACUAUGUGGUGAAGAUAAUCAGCCCAGAGCGAACGCGAAUAGUGGUGCAAUUUCAGCGAAUUGAUUUGGAGGCCCAGGAGAAGUGCCUGUACGACUAUGUGAGCGUGGGCAAUGGGGAGGUGGACGGUAAUGUGGAUCCAGGGACUAAUCCAAUUCCCAUGGCCAUGCUCACGGAUGUAUUUAAUGAGUGGCGUCAGCAGAGGAAGAGAUCCGUGGCGGCGGCCGAGAAGAGUCUGAAGGCCCACAUAAAAUUGCUUGCAACCACAAAUCGAUUUAUCACAUCGCGACUGUUGGAGCGGCGAAAGCGACUUACUGCCACGGUGUCUCAUGACGCUGGGCGGGGUGGCGUGGACAAUUUCCCAUCCUAUUCAUCGUAUGUGCGAUGGUGCGGAAGCUACGAGAACAAUAUGUCACGCUUUGACUUCAUCUCCAGCUCCAAUCAGGCUGUUGUGCAGUUUCACAGCGACUACUCAAUAUCCGGGACGGGCUUCUCCGCCACGUGGACGGCAAUUGAUAUAACUGGCUGCCCCGAGCAGACUCUCACGUCGAGGGAGGGCAUCUUUAUGAGUCCCAACUAUCCACAUUUUCUCCUGGAUAAACUCGAGUGCGCCUUCAUGCUACAGGCGCCCAUUGGGAGAAAAGUAUGGCUGGAAUUUAGCGAUUUCGACAUAAUUGACGACGCUUCUGUGAUUAUUGAUUUGGGCGAUGGAGAGUUUCACCCGUUUACAGCCACGAAUGUGCUAAAUGACGGCGUCUUUCUCAGUGCUUUCGAGAAACUCAAAGUAGUACUCAGGACGGGCUUUCGGCCGAGAGGACGGGGCUUUCGAGCGGUGUACAAGACGAUUGCGUAUCCCGUCACGGAGGAGCGCACUCUGAAUCUAGUGAAUGCGUCGAGUGGCAUCCUGCUGCAUCUCAAUUAUCCACUUCCUUUGCCACCCGAUGUGGAUUUUAUGCAGCACUUAAUCGUCGCUCUGGGCGAGGUGAUAACGCUUGAGCUGCACGGCGUCACCAUUGGUGAUGGGGAGAAUUGCUCCAAGGGCACCACCUUGGAGAUCUUCGACAAUUACGCCGACAACAACGGAAGCGUGUGGGUGCUGUGCUCAAUUCACACGGCAGAUUCGCAGCACAUCUCGCCGACAAUCUUUCACCAGGGCUACACGCCUAUUUUCAUAACGUCCUAUCUCAACACCAUCCACAUUCGGCAGCGCACGAGAAUGGGCACGGAGAGUGUGCCACUCAAUGCCACUGUGAAAAUCCAUCCGGACACCAACUACAAGCCAAAGCUGGCGUCCAGGGAGACAUGGGUGGAGUCAUGCCAUCCGAAUCCGUGUCAAUUUGGUGGGAAAUGUGUCACAAAUGGCGAUGUGAAGCGAUGCCAAUGUCGAGGACAUUACUCAGGUCGCUUCUGUGGGCUGACAAUAUGUGAUUUUGACCCGUGCAUAUUUGGCCAAUGUGAGCUGACAGCCGGCAAUUUUCGCUGUAACUGCCUGCCCGGAUAUCGGGGUGAGACGUGCGAUCAGAAGCAGAAGCCCUGUGCUGAUAACCCUUGCCAGGGACGUGGGGAUUGUUUCGAGAAGAAUGGCGGCUUCUUCUGUCGCUGCCAUGCCUGGUGGGAGGGUCAGAGGUGUGAAAGGAAAAUGAUUCACAUUCCGUAUAAACCGCUCUCGGAGCGAAUGCUUCAGGAACCCUUCUGGCUGGGACUAAUUACCGUUUUUGUCGUCCUGGCGAUUAUUGGGCUCGUUUGGUGUGCCAAGAGACACUUCCCGGAGAAGAUUGAGAAACUCUUGGCCGAGGAGGCGGACCGAAAUAGACCAUCUGGUCCUCAUCACUCCCACCACACGUCCCUGCGGGAGCAACUGCAAUUCACCACGUCCAUUCCUCAGACGACCAUCUCGACGCCGGGCGUCCCGAGGUCCAUCUUCGGUCGGCUGGGUAUAAGAAAACCAUCCAUUUUGAGCCUCAGCAGCCCCCAACCAACCGGAGGGGCGACCGCUCGAACAUUCUCGCUCGACGAUCUCUUGCGGCCCCCUCCUCGACGAACACCAUCGCCGAGGAAAAAGCGUAACAAUUCGACGCCCACGAGAAAGAAUGCGGCGGAGAAGAAGCAAAUUCUGCAACAGCUGAUAUCGCCAGCUCCAUCUUAUCCGGCCGCGCAAAGGCCAAAGUUGAGCCUUGGCGAGCUCAUUCAGCUGUCGGACAACCACUUGAAGCCCACGCUGGAUAGCGAGAGUGACAUCAAGGAGACGACAUUCUCCGAGAACUCCCUCUCGGCGUCAACCUCGGCGCUGCGCCCCAUCGCCAUCAUGCCGGAUCCCAAGCUGGAGAAGAAGGUGACGUUCGCGCGACUGCUGAGCAAGGUGUCGGCGGAAAUAAGCUCUGGCUCGGAUAUGGAAGUGGGAGCACUGAACGCCGCCACCGGCUUGAGUCUCCCCGUCGAUAUCCCGCUGAGAGCCAGUUCGGUGCCUCCGUCGCCAUGCAUCAACGAGAUCCGAUCGCCGCACAGCACGUCCUCGAAUCAGGGCAGCGACUCUCUGUCCAGCUCAGACCUGGCACUGGCAGACAUUGGCAGGACCAACAGGAGAAUGAAGUCGAAGGUCUCGAGCGCCGACUCAAUCCUGGCGAUGUUCAAGAACUUCGCCUCGUCUAAUGCGGCUGCCAAUCUUCCUCCCUCGUGUGUCAUUUCGCCCUCAACCACGCCAACGGCGUCCAGUCCUCAGGACGACGCUCCCGGAGACGAUGACUCCUCCACAUCGUCUAUGCACACCCCUGUGAGUUUCUCAAGCGGAGCUCCCGAUUCUCCUGUCUUCUAUCGACAGAGCACGAUCGAAGUGCCUGUGCUUGAUCCCCUGAGCGCCCACAAGAGCGCUCCCAGUUCCAAUCUCCUCCAUCCGCCGAGCAUCCUUCUGGAGAUUCCGUCUGGCGGCAAUGGCGCCAUCAACAAGUGCUUGUCGCCAAUCCGCGAGAUGCCAACGCCAAUGCCCUCUCCAGCGCUCACGCCCAUCAUGCCAAGACCGCAGAGAACUCGCAGUCCCAGUCCUCACGAUGAUCCUCUGUCCAAUAGCUUCAGCGACGACGAGAGCAACAAGAUCGACCAAUUGUUUCAGAACCUCUCCCAACAUGUCCUGGUCACUCUGCAUCCCGACAAUACGCGCACAACCGACUCAGAAGUGGAGAACUUCUCUCUGGACACGCCAACGUCUGAGCCCACGCAAUCGAUGCAUUCGCUGAGGAGGAGCAAAUUCCAGAUGCGCGCCCCGGCGAUGUCCAUCUCAAUUGACAUCGAUCCUCCGACUCCCGAGGAGGAGAUGGCGCCGAGGGCAUCAGCCAGUCGCCCUCGAGAGUUGGUGAUCCCCACGCUGACUCUCGAGACGCCCAGUCCGACGAAAACCACGCCGCCGGCACAGCUCUUUCCCGGCUCACCACCGCCACAGCGAGCCAGCAUUGGCGAGACGAGCUUUCUCUUCCCGAACAAGCAGCAACAGAAACGAUUGCUGAAGCAAUUGGAGAAGCCGACAUCAUUGGAUUUGCCCUUUACACCACCCCUCAUAACAAUCACGUCGAACAUGAGUGAGCUAGAGUCUGACAUGGACAAUAUGUCACCGGCUCCCGGGAAGCUGCAGGCCAAUGCGCAUCUGUGUGUGCCCGGAUCCACGGGCAUGUGCUAUCUGAGUCCCUUCACAACAGUCACGCGGAGCGACAGGACGACGUCUGAAGGGAAUCUCAGUUCGUCUGGAUACUCCAGCAUGGCCAGUCCUGGCCCGAGCAGGUGCAAUUCCAACAAUCCCCUCUGUCCUAGUGAGAAUGAGGAGCCUGGAACUGGCUCUUCUGGUCCUGGUUUGAGUGUUCCCUCCGUGCACAAUUCUCGACGCCAAGGCGGCCACUUUAAGACAUGCCAAACCGCAGCGUCUGGCGGAUCAGCGGGCAGUGGCACUAGGGAUCAUCACGAGAGGAUGCGAAAUCGCUCGGAUUCCGAGACACUGAGCGACGAGGCGCUUCUGGAGUCGAAUGACGAGGGAAUUGGCACGGAUCAUAUUGAUGAGAAAAUUGACGAGGGUGAAAUACGGAGUGCCAAGGAGUUGGAGAUGUUCCUGGGAAAGGAGUUAAUUGAGAAUGGCAAGAGCCUCCUUGAGGAACCUGUUGCGGUCAUGGCUCAGCUUCAGCUGCCGUCAAUUGUUAUUCAGAAUGACAAUGGCGAGAAGACGCUCUCGCCAGUUUCAUCGCGCUCUGAAAGCCCUUUGAGCGAGAGGACGACAGGAAUUGGGCGGUUUUCACCGCUGUUCUAUGGCAAGAAGGAUCAACAGUUGCCCUUCACGGACUCUGACGGUCUCUAUGACUUUCCGUCGUCCGAUGGGAAGGGAAACAGUGCCACCGUGAUGACAAGCCAUAGGAAGAAUACGGGGAAGAGAAGAGAGCGAAAGAGCUCCUUCAGAGGACACAAUCAAUCACCCAGCAAGAAUACAACGCAUUUGGAGCUGCCCAACAAGGAGUCUCAGGCGGCUCAGCAUAAUCCACAAAGCUCAAAGUAUCACCAUGGCAUUCUCGGGUCGAGCAGGAAGAGCCCCAAGAGACGGCCACUCCAUCGGCUGCCAGUGGCCAGCAGUUCAUCGUCGUCAGAGAGUCUCCUCUCGCCGAUGGAAAUCUCACCAAAGAUCAAAAUCACAUCGUCUCCAACAAAGACGACUUGUAUCACGUACUCUCAAGCGACUGCCAGUCAAUUGGAUUCCGGCGAGGAGGUUGAGGAGACUUUGCUCAGUGUCACGAAAAUUGAGGAUACUCCAGCACGUGCUAUGCCAACAAAGAAAAUUCACCGACUCCGUGCUAUUGGGAAUCAGAUAAGAUUUCUCAGGCGAUUGGAGCAAUCGAUAAAGCGACGAGAUCAUCACGUCUCGCCCACGGACAGUUGCAAUGAGGACAGCAAUGAUUUCGAUUCUGCACGCAUAACAUCGCCACUCUUGUGCUCGUCCACGUGCCAGGCGAAGUCUCGUCCGCAGCCAUUCAAGGUAGUCCGGCAGAAGCGUCUGCAUCUCUAUGAGAAUCAAAAAGGCUCCGCCAAGGAUCGCCACCGCGUGUCGCCCAGUGAUUUCGUUAGUGACUAAGGAGACAAGAGAGUUCGGGAGGAAAGAGAGGCCACCACAGUUUUCCACAACACACAACAUUGUAGAGCGCGAGAGAUUGAGGAGGGAAAAAUAUGCGUAAUUAACCAUUUGAAUUAAUGAGACAAAUUCUCAAUUAUUCCCAGUUGAAAGACAUUUAGAUAAGACAUGUUAUUUAACAGAAAUUGUUUUAGUGUUAUUGAAAAUAUUGCAUGAAAAUGGAAUGAGAAGAUAAUCUCAAAUAUUGUUACUGCCAUGAAUUUAUAUUGUGUGAACAUCUUCUUUUACUAAGUUGUUUAUUUCUUUUUCUUCAGCGCACAGACUUUUUUCUCCGUUUUAAGUCCAUUUCUUCGCUAACAUUUUUCUCUGUGAUAUUCAAUUGUUUUGAUAUUUCAUUCUCUAAUACGUCCUUUACCUGUUAAAAUCUCUAGAAAAGCAAUUUACCAGAAUGUUAAGAUAAUUAUACGAAUAUAAUUAUAUAUUGUGACAAUCUCAAAUUAUUUUCAUAAUGACGAUAAGUUGAUGUGUAAAAAGUGUAAAAUCUUCUAAAGAAAGAAAAACCUCAAAUGCACUCACUCGCGCGAUUUCUAGUGAUGUUUUUUAUUUACAAAAAAAAAUUGAGUGAAAGAGCAACGAAUCUCACGCGGCAUCUUUUAGAUAAGACCAAAGUUUGGAAGUAAAAAAAAAUUGUAGUUCGAGAGCGAUAUAAUUAAAACCACGAGGGCCAUUUAGCGCUUAUUGUAAUUUUAUCGAUAUUGUAUGUUGGUUUCUCAUAUAGAAAGAAAAGACAGAAGGAAUGUAAAUUUAUCAAUUUGAAAUUGGCCUGUUAUUUGGAGACUGAUAGAAGAUUUAAUUUCCAUUGAUGGAACGAUGAAACAAUUAUUGUAAAGAUAAUGUUCUAAAAAAGACACAUUUAAUCCGAAAAAUACUGUUCCGCAUGUUUCUGUUUUCCUCGUCCCUAUUGUAGGACUUUGUAUAGUGGAGUGUAUCCUUUUACUGCACACGUUUUCUCCACUUUUUUCCUGUACAUAACACACUCGAAACUGUAGACGGAAUAAUAUGAACUCUACAAGAGAUACAAAAAAUAUACUUACAAAAAAAAAGCGAUGCAAUUCUUGCAUAUGAAUUUCUGUGAUAUGAAAAUCAUGAGAAAAAGUCAGAGAAAUAUGUCUAUGAAGAUGAUGCAAAUAUUUUCUCCAGAGGAACAAUUAAACUGCAAUGAAAAAGCGAACACUGUUCCUUUGAACUGUUUUUUUUUCACAAAAACUACGCUAUCUAAACACACUUUCUGAGCAAUAAUAACUCGACACUUAAAUGGAAGGAAGAAUUUAGGUGUAAAGAAAAAUAAACUAUUUGAAUGUUUAACAAAUUAUACAGAAGCGGCGAAGUCUAUUAAAGAUAUAAAAAAACUAUUUAGGUGCGGAAUAUUCAUAGACGCUAAAUCUAAUUUCAUGUGUAUAACUAUAUUGCAAA